AAGAAGACCCGAGAGGACAAAGCGCCCGGUUGACGGAAUUGAGUUUCACCGCGAAAAGACAGGCUUAAAAUGUCGUUUUACAAAGAGUUUGUCAGGGACAGGUUGAUGCUGGCAGCGGAUGAAAUAUUCCAAAUGUUUGAAAGAACGAUAGCGUCCUUCGAGGAGGAACUUUCUCUCACAAAAGGGGAGAACGAGCGACAACGACAACAACUGGAAGGCUUUUGCAAGACGGAAAUGACAUCACAUGUCGAGGACGUCCAGCCACAAGAAGAACACCCCUGUCAGCUGAAGGAGGGGAGCUCUACUUUGGUGCAGGAGGAGCCACGGCCCGCCCACGUUAAAGAGGAGGCGGCGGACGAUGAAGUCUGGACCACUCAGGAGGGAGAGUGUCUUCUGGGACUGGAGGAGACGGACCUCGCCAAGUUGCCACUGACUGUAGUCUCUGUGAAGAUAGAAGACGAUGAAAAGAAACCACAGGCAGACAACCACUUAGCUCCGCUAUCAGAUAGUGACAACUCAACUGAGGAUGGAGACAGGAAGGACACUCAGGAACCUAUGAGCCGCGGUACAGACUGUGAAGGUGAUGUGAGCACUCACACUGACAACAAACACUCUGAUAACAAGACCGGCAAAGAACGAUUCACCUGCACAGUUUGUGAGAAACGAUUUUCGUACAAUUGUGAUUUUACCCGCCACAUGCGGACGCACACUGGCGAGAAACCCUUUGUUUGCUCAGUUUGUGGUCGUAGAUUUUCUGAGAAUUACAUUUUGACCGAACACAUGAGAACGCACACAGGGGAAAAACCUUUUAAUUGUUCAUUCUGCGAUAAAACAUUCUCUCAGAAGUCAAAUAUGGUAUCGCACAUGAGAACUCACACGGGGGAAAAACCUUUUAGUUGCUUAAUUUGUGGUAAACUAUUUUCUCAACGGUGCAAUUUGAAUUUACACAUGCGAACGCACUCCACAGAAAAACCUUUCAGUUGCUCAGUUUGUGGUAAAAGAUUCACCCACAAGGUAAAUAUGCUGUCACACAUGAAAACACACACUGGCGAAAAACCCUUUAGUUGCUCAGUGUGUGAUAAAAAAUUCUCUCAUAAGGUAAAUAUGGUAUCACACAUGGGAACGCACGCAUCAGAAAAACCGUUUAGUUGUUCAAUUUGUGAUAAAAGAUUCAUUUACAAGGUAAGUAUGGUGUCACACAUGCGGAUACACACAGGAGAAAAACCUUUUAGCUGUGCAAUUUGUGGAGAAUGUUAUUCUCAUCAGUGGGAUUUGACUCGACACAUGCAGAGACACACCGGAGAAAAAUCCUUUAGUUGCGUAGUCUGUGGUAAGAAGUUUGCUCGCAAAGACGUUUUGCUGAAACACAAACGAACACACACAGGAGAAAAACCCUUUGUGUGCUCCAUUUGCAGCGAGAGCUUUUCCAACAAGAGCAAUUUAGAUGUUCACAUGCGGACACACACGGGUGAAAAACCCUAUAGUUGCUCACUUUGCACCAAAACGUUCAAUCAAAAGGCGCACAUGUUGUCGCACGCGAGAACACACACGGGAGAAAAACUCUUUAAUUGCUCGCUGUGCGCGGACAGCUUUUCGUGUAAGAGAAAUUUCACUCGACACAUGCGAGGACACACAGGAGAAAAUCUUAGUUGCUCAGUCUGUGGUAAAAAUUAUUCUUAUGAGAAAAGUCUGGCGGCACACAUGCUGACGCACGACAAAGAGUAAAUGUUUUCCUUUCCACUUUGUUCUUAGAGAUGGUGAAAUGUGUACGAAGUCAUCUAG